UUCUUUUUUAGCAUGUCCUUAUGACUGAUAACAUUUUAACUAAUUUUCUCUGAAACAUUUUGACUAAUUUCCUCUGAAGUAUAUAAAUGUGCAAAGUAUUUUGGAUUUAAAACUGACAGAUAGAAGUCAUAGGCGGAAAUUGAGGGAGAUGUUUGAAACUCGUCCCCAUGUCUCCAAAUGCCUUAGAGAUCAAAAAACGCCUCCUUCAAGGAGGUUUCAGUUCCUUGAAGCAGCUCAAGCAUGUCCAUGCUCUGCUUAUCCGCCUCGACCUCGAUCAAGACAACUAUCUCCUCAACAUGAUCUUCAAACUCUGCUUCACUACUGGUUCUCACACUACUACUCACUACACUAAACUUGUUUUUCACCAAACACAACAACCCAAUAUCUAUCUCUACAAUACGAUCAUAAGGGGCUUCGUUUCCAAUGAUUGUUUCGACGAAGCUAUUCAAUUCUAUGGUUUAAUGCGGAGAGACGGCUUUUUACCCAACAAUUUCACUUUCCCUUUUGUUCUAAAAGCGUGCACGAGGCUUUCAGAUUUCCAAUUGGGUCUGAAAAUGCAUACCCUUGUGGUGAAAGCUGGUUUCCAUUACGAUGUGUUUGUUAAGACUGGUUUGGUUUGUUUGUAUGCGAAAUGUGGGUACUUGGGAAAUGCCCAUCAAGUGUUUGAUGAUAUACCUGACAAGAAUGUUGUUUCUUGGACGGCAAUUAUUAGUGGGUAUAUUGGGUUUGGUCAAUUUAGGGAAGCAAUUGAUAUGUUUCAUAGGCUGUUGGAGAUGGGUUUGAGGCCUGAUAGUUAUACAGUUGUUCGUGUUUUGUCCGCGUGUACUCAAUUAGGGGAUUUGAGUAGUGGAGAGUGGAUACAUAGAUAUGUAGUAGAAAAUGGAAUGGAAAGGAAUAUCUUUAUAGGCACUGCUUUAGUGGAUAUGUAUGCCAAGUUUGCAAACAUGGAUAGAGCUCGUAGUGUCUUUGAUGGGAUGCCCGAGAAGGAUAUAGUUUCUUGGAGUGCCAUGAUUCAGGGUUAUGCAUCAAAUGGACUACCAAAAGAAGCCCUAGACCUCUUUUACCACAUGCAAAGAGAAAAUUUAAAGCCUGAUUGUUAUACCAUGGUUGGAGUUCUUUCUGCUUGCAGCAAAUUAGGAGCGCUAGAAUUAGGGAACCGGGCAAGUAGCUUAAUUGAGAAAAAUGAGUUUUUGAUCAACCCGGUUUUGGGCACAGCACUCAUUGACAUGUAUGCAAAAUGUGGGAAGAUGACUUCAGCUUGGAAAGUCUUUAAAGGGAUGAAGGAGAGAGACCUUGUGGUGUGGAAUGCUGUAAUAUCUGGUCUUGCCAUGAAUGGCUAUGUCAAAGCUGCAUUUGGUCUAUUUGGCCAAGUAGAGAAAUAUGGGAUAAGACCUAAUGAGAAUACCUUCAUGGGUCUUCUUUGUGGGUGUACUCAUGCCGGUCUUGUUAAUGAUGGUCGUAAGUAUUUUAAUAGCAUGAAUCACGUCUAUUCUUUGACUCCUACUAUUGAGCACUAUGGAUGUAUGGUUGAUCUUCUUGGCCGUGCAGGGCUAUUAGAUGAAGCCCAUCAACUAAUCAAAAGUAUGCCAAUGCAGGCUAAUGCCAUUGUUUGGGGAGCUUUGUUAGGUGGAUGUAGGGUACAUCGAGAUACACGACUGGCUGAACUUGUAUUGGAACGGUUGAUUGAGUUGGAACCUUGGAACUCUAGUAAUUAUGUACUAUUGUCAAAUAUUUACUCGGCAUACCAAAGAUGGGAUGAUGCAGAAAAAAUGAGGUCAUCUAUGAUUGAGAGAGGGAUUAAGAAAACGCCUGGUUAUAGUUGGAUUGAAGUAGAUGGAGUUGUUCACGAGUUCCUUGUGGGAGACAUGACUCAUCCCUUAUCAUAUAAGAUAUAUGCAAAACUUGGUGAAUGGAGUAAAGAAUUGAAAGCAGCUGGUUAUGUUCCGACAACAGAAUUUGUGCUUUUUGAUAUUGAAGAUGAGGAGAAGGAGCAUUUCCUUGGUUGUCACAGUGAGAAGCUAGCUAUUGCAUUUGCUCUUAUCAGCACUGCUCCAGAUUAUGUAAUUCGAGUUGUGAAAAAUCUUCGGGUUUGUGGCGAUUGCCAUAUGGCCAUAAAACUCAUCUCAAAGAUUACUGGUAGAGAGAUAAUUGUUAGGGACAAUAACCGUUUCCACUGCUUUAUUGAGGGGUCAUGUUCAUGUAAAGAUUAUUGGUGAAAUAAGGGACAAAUUAACCCUGUUAUGGAUGAUAACAUGACAUGACCCUUUUACUAUGUAUUUUCAUGGAAAUUUAUGCUACAUUUUUAACGAGAAGGAAAACCACGUGAACCAAUUUUUCCGAAUAAUCUCUUUCACUCUCAUCUACCUGAUAAGAAGAAAAAUGGUGUUAGUGUUUUUGUAAUUUAUUGAUGAGAAUGCUGUCAACUGGGUAACAGACAUGGAAUAAGUAGAGGUUGAUUGAUCCUGAACUGUACAAAGCAGCCAAUCGGAAUGAUCCUGAGCUGUACAGAGCAGCCAAUAGGAAUGAUCCUGAAUCUCUGUUCCAAGUUGUGGCCAUGUCAGGUCUUGUUGAAUUCUUGUGUCAACUCGGCAACGUAGCUAAUUGAAUUGAAGAAGCAGUGCUCUUGCUCUAUUCGACUACUCAAUAAAUCCUACAAUCAUGUGGCUUUCAAGGUUAAAACUACAUCUCUGAAGAAAUAUUGCAUGCGACCAAGCAUCGCACUAUUAAACCAAAAUUAGCUUGUGAUUUCACUGCUACUGCUUGGGCAUGGGACAUGAGAGCAUCAAAAGCUAAGGGGCUAUGAGAAGCUGAGACUACAAAAUGUGAAGCGUUUGCUUGGUGGCCCUGCCUAGCUCAGUUGAAGGAAGUUUUGAGUUCGUGAUUGGAUUAUGAAUUUAGAUAGUGAUUUGGAAGGAACAG